UCUUUCAGAUCGUUUGCUAACGACGACCGCAAUGUCAUGGCCAAGCACUCCAGCAUAUACCCGGCACCAGAGGAGCUGGAGGCCGUCCAGACGCUGGUGUCCACUGUGGAGGGAGCACUAAAGAAAGUAUCUGAUUGGAUGGAUGGACUAAAUAAAUCCUCAGGAAAGACCUCCAGCAAUAAUGAGGCUGGGGACAUUCAAGUGGAGGCAGAAGCUGCUGAGACAAAGCCCGACCACACGCCAGCGCUUUGCGGGGUGACGCGUGUCGGUCUGGUGGCCAAAGGCCUGCUGAUCAAAGGAGACAUGGACCUGGAACUGGUGCUGAUGUGCAGGGAGAAACCCACCAAAGUGCUACUAUACACCGUCAGCGCCAACCUCCCCCUGCAGAUCCAGACAAUGACAGAGGACAAAUUUGAGGUGCAGUCGUGCGUCUCUGAAGCAGCCAUCCGGGUCCGCAACACCAAAGACCCUCGACUCACGCUGAAGAUCACCCUCUCCUCCUUAACCAUGAGGGAGGAACACAGCCCCACAGAAGAAGAGAAAGGCCAUCAGGACGACAGGGAGCAGGAGGACAAUAAACAGAAGGAGGGUGAGGAGGAGGAGGAGGAAGAGGUCCUGGACAGGCAGAAGUGCCGGGCUGCUCUGGCUUCACUCCGACACACCAAGUGGUUCCAGGCCAGAGUCACAGAUCUCAAGUCUGGCGUCAUCGUCUUGAGGAUUUUCAGAGACAUGAGCAACAGACUGGCUGGGUGGCAGCCUCUCAAAGGAUGGCCUCUGGAGCUGAUCUGUGAAAAGGCCAUGGCAACGUGUAACCGGCCCCUGGGUCCAGGGGAGGGCCUGCGCCGCGUCAUGGAGUGCAUCGCCUCAGGGAUCCUUCUUCCAGAAGGCCCCGGAGUCCACGACCCCUGUGAGAGGGACCCCACAGACGUCCUGACUGACCUCAGCGCGCAGCAGGCAGACGCCAUCACUCACAGCGCACAGCAUGCGUUACGCCUCCUAGCUUUCGGACAGCUUUACAAGGUCUUGAAUAUGGAUCCUCUCCCCGCCAGCAAGCCCUCAUCAAGGCUGUUAGAAGGUGAUCAGUGUGUGCGUUUGCGCUCCACAGGCGGCUGUCAGAAGAGGCACCGGGAGGACGUCGGGUCAGAUGACAGAGACUUCAUCAAAAGGAUGAAAG